AUGACUCAAAGAUAUAGAAUAGCUUGCGACGAGCCAAAAGAACUUAAUACCGUAGAAGAAGCGAAAGCAAAGAUUCAAGACCACAAGCUUGCUGUAAUUUUAUUCAAUGAGAGAUAUCCUGAGCCAAAUACUGUAGAACAUAAAUUUAAUUGGUGUCGACAAGUUUACGAACAUAAGUUUGAUCUCCAUUGUUACAAAUGUCUCGACGAAGACAAAUUCAAGACUGGGUUCAACAUUAAAGUAACACCGGCAUUUAUUUUCUUUCGAGAUGGUGAAGAAAUUGAUCGAUUUGAAGAUGCCGAUCAACCAGAGUCUAACGCACCAAAGGAAGAAAAAGAUCCAAAAGAGUACCGAAUCAGAACAUAUUUAGAUAAAUUAUGCACUAAACAAAAUUGA